UAUAUAUAUACCACUGAAACGCAUCCACAAUGAGUGCAGCCAGUAAGAUAUCGAAGUCAUCUUCUUUGGUGAACUCUUUGGCCAAGAGAUACGACUCAAAGCCUAUGGACAAUCAACGACCCACUAAAGCUCAAGGGGAUGCACAAGUUCAGCCUAGCUCGGACCAAAAGAAACGAAAGAGUAUAAGCGUUAUGGACACCAAGCUUGAUGCGCUGACCCAUAAAAUUGACAGUCUGUUGAUGACACAAGAGAAUGUUAUUGAAAAACUGGAAAAUGUUUCACGGAAUAUUGAGGGCUUUGAAAGAGAUCUUCAAACAGUGAAAGCAGGCAAAGAAAAUUCUGAGCAAGAACAAGACAAAGCACAAGCCAUGCAGGAUCUUUCAGAAAUGAGGGGGCUUUUUGUGGAAAUGAUUAGCAACCUUUCAUCAAUUAACAAAUAUGCAGAACAACAAGCAAGAAGGCUGGACGGAGUUGAGCAAAUACUACAGGGCACUCAAUGUGCUGUGCAUUUUCUCCUGGAACAUAUACAAAUGUCAAGCAUUUUUGAGUUUCUACACAAGUCCUUGAAAUCCCAAACAAUUAAUAAUAAUAUUAAGACGAAUGAUAAAAAAAGCCAAGAAAGUAAAUGUAAGGAAAAAAAGAAAAAAUCUAUUAAUGCCCAAAGUUCUAAUCGGAAGAGGGUAACCGUAAAAAGAAAAAAGUGUAAGACUACCCUUGGUCCAAAACACAAUGAAAAGCCAGAAUCAUGUUUGGGCGAGAAGGAGACAAAUUCACACCAGAAAGAGGAGCCGCCAGAUUCAGAGCGAUAUGUCAAAAGAAGCCAGUCCUUCACAUAUAAAGAAAAGGUCCAAAUGCUGAAUCAAGAAAAUACUGAAAAGACAACUGUUAUCUUGGUUGAGAACAAUUCCACAGAAAUAAGAACUGAAGAGAUCUGCAGCAUUGAAAGUUGUAUAUCUAUAGACAUGCCAAAAAGUCAAAGCACAACUUCUUGCCCAAUAAUAUUCUCAAUGGAAGAAAACACAGAAUCUCACUUGAAUAAAGACUCUGUCCAGACUCCUACAGAUACUAAGGAAAAGACAGAUGAAUCAAUGGAGAUCUUAGCUAAUAUUGUGGAAAAUGAAGACGCAAAAGUGAGACGGGAGGAAGAAAACCUGACCUGUGAGAAUGAGCUUAUUGAUAAAGUAGAAGAAAUGGAAGAUGUUCAAGAUGAAGAAAACACUGAGGAUGAUAUUACCAAGGAUGAAACUCAAUCUUUUUCUGAUUCUGAAGAAAGGGAAUCACCUUUAGUUGAUAAUGACCAAGCAAUACUUCAUACAGAAAUAUCACAAUUUAUACCUCAAGAGUGUAGAACCGAAGGACCUGAGACAACAUGUCCACAUUCUUCACAAAGCAAUAACAAUGAAAAUGAUAAUCAAGCUCUGCUGGAAGACAGUGAAGCAUCUGAUGAUCAGCUCCAGAAUGGUGAAAUCUGCCAUAACAAUCACAGCUUGAACACCAAACGUCAUGUAACAAGCGAGGAUGUAGAAGAAGAACACAAUAAGAAGAGCAGAAUAGAUACGGAGGAAUCUGAAGAGUGCUGCAGUACUAAUGGUGCCGAAGAGACUUUACUAGAUACGAUUAGUGAUAACACGGAAACGCUGGCAAACGAACAAGCUGAGGACAGUAAUGAGCAGGCCUCCUCAAAAGAAGAAGAAGAAGCUUGGUGUGUUAUUGGUAAGAAAUCAUACUCAAGAGAGAAUAGCUGUUUGCAGGGCAAAGGCCAAACUCAUCAGGAAGCUAUUAAUACUUCUAUACUUUGUGAAGUCACACCACCUCCUCCGGCUCCUUUUGAUCACCGGAUUGUUUCAGCUAAACAUGCUCAGAUAAAUAACUUUUAUAAUGUGGAAAAGGCAGAAUUACUUGGAGGGGGAAGAUUUGGUCAAGUGCACAGAUGUGUAGAAAAGUCUUCUGGACUGCAACUGGCUGCAAAAAUUAUCAAAGUCAAAGGCCACAAAGAAAAGGAGGAAGUGAAGAAUGAGAUACAAGUCAUGAAUCAGCUAAAUCACAAUAACCUUGUCCAACUCUAUGAUGCCUUUGAGUCAAGAAAUGACAUUGUGCUUGUUAUGGAAUAUGUGGACGGAGGCGAAUUGUUUGACAGGAUCAUUGACGACAACUGCAAUCUUUCAGAAUUGGAUACUAUCCUAUUUAUUAAGCAGAUCUGUGAAGGUAUUCAGUACAUGCAUCAGAUGUACAUCAUACAUUUAGACUUGAAGCCAGAAAAUAUUAUGUGUGUGAGUCGGGCAGAUUAUCAAAUCAAGAUUAUAGACUUUGGACUGGCUAGGAGGUAUAAGCCAAGGGAAAAACUGAAAGUGCACUUUGGUACUCCAGAGUUCCUUGCCCCUGAAGUUGUGAACUAUGAUUUUGUCUCUUUUCCCACAGACAUGUGGAGUGUGGGAGUUAUAGCCUACAUGCUCCUUAGCGGACUCUCACCAUUUUUAGGCGAAGAUGAAAGUGAAACGCUAAAUAAUAUAGUGGCAUGUGAUUGGGAUUUUGAAGAAGAAGAGUUUGAAAAAAUUUCAGAAGCAGCCAAAGAUUUCAUCAUAAAAUUGCUCGUAAAGGAAAAAUGCUGGAGGAUGAGUGCAAGUGAAGCCUUAAAGCAUCAAUGGCUGUCAGACUCCCAGCUCCACUUUAUUAUCAGUCAGCAGAGAAAGAAUAAGAGCUGUUCUGUGUCCAAGGCACCUGAGGAUCAGUGACAUAUUCUAGACUCGUAAGGAGCAGAAGAAACACUGCUGUGUGGUUUCUGCUGUGAAAGGUUUAAGGAGGAUCAGCAGUUCUGGUGCUCUGACCUUCCUUGCAAUGACUUGACCAUUUAUCAGCUGGAUCACAACCACAUCAACAAUAGGAUGGGUCCUUGAACUGUUCCUCGGCUAAAUUAAUUUAUUUUUGCGCUGGAAUGCUAACAACAAGCCACCUUUGCUUUAAUUACUAGGGCAUUGUUAUCUAUAAGAGCUAUAUAUCUAACAUAUUACCACAGCCUUAUAUCUAAUGUAACCCCAUCAAGAAGCCAGUGUGCUCAGAAUGCCAGUUAAAAGUAGUUUACAUUUAUUAUGUAAUUCAGCAACAUAGAGCUCUGAAUUUUCACUUUUGAUAAAUGCAAACUUUUUAA